AUGGCCCAGGGGAGUGGCAGGGACAUCUGGGCAGAGAAGGCUCCAACCAGGGAGCCCAAGCAGGAAGCAGAGCCCAGGAGGCAUCUGGCACAGAACCCUUUCAUCUGUGACUGUAACCUCAAGUGGCUGGCGGACUUCCUGCGCACCAACCCCAUCGAGACGAGUGGGGCCCGCUGCGCCAGCCCCCGGCGCCUCGCCAACAAGCGCAUCGGGCAGAUCAAGAGCAAGAAGUUCCGCUGCUCAGCCAAAGAGCAGUACUUCAUUCCAGGCACGGAGGACUACCAGCUGAACAGCGAGUGCAACAGCGACGCCAUCUGUCCGCCCAAGUGCCGCUGUGAGGCCAGCCUGGCGGAGUGCUCCAGCCUGAAGCUCACCAAGAUCCCCGAGCGCAUCCCCCAGUCCACGGCCGAGCUACGAUUAAACAACAAUGAGAUUUCCAUCCUGGAGGCCACUGGGAUAUUUAAAAAACUCACUCAUCUGAAGAAGAUCAAUCUGAGCAACAACAAGGUGUCAGAAAUCGAAGAUGGGGCCUUCGAGGGCGCAGCCUCUGUGAGCGAGCUGCACCUGACUGCCAACCAGCUGGAGUCCAUCCGGAGCGGCAUGUUCCGAGGCCUGGACAGCUUGAGGACCCUGAUGCUGAGGAACAACCGCAUCGGCUGCAUCCACAAUGACAGCUUCACGGGCCUGCGCAAUGUCCGCCUCCUCUCACUCUACGACAACCAGAUCGCCACCAUCUCCCCGGGGGCCUUCGACACCCUCCAGGCCCUCUCCACGCUAAACCUUCUGGCCAACCCUUUCAACUGCAACUGCCAGCUGGCCUGGCUGGGCGACUGGCUGCGGAGGAGGAAGAUCGUGACCGGGAACCCACGGUGCCAGAACCCGGACUUCUUGCGGCAGAUCCCCCUGCAGGAUGUGGCCUUCCCCGACUUCAGGUGUGAGGAAGGCCAGGAGGAGGGGGGCUGCCUGCCCCGCCCACAGUGCCCCCAGGAAUGUGCCUGUCUGGAUACCGUAGUCCGAUGCAGCAACAAGCACCUCCAGGUCCUGCCCAAGGGCAUCCCCAAGAACGUCACGGAACUCUACUUGGACGGGAACCAGUUUACACUGGUUCCAGGACAGCUGUCCACCUUCAAGUACCUGCAGCUUGUGGACUUGAGUAACAACAAGAUCAGUUCCUUAAGCAAUUCCUCCUUCACCAACAUGAGCCAGCUGACCACUCUGAUCCUCAGCUACAAUGCCCUCCAGUGCAUCCCUCCUCUCGCCUUCCAGGGCCUGCACUCCCUGCGCCUGCUGUCCCUGCAUGGCAAUGACAUCUCCACCCUCCCAGAGGGCAUCUUCACAGACGUGACCUCCCUGUCUCACCUGUAA